AUGGCAGACACAGAGCAGGCCUACGAGGAGGUGGCUGAGGAGGAGUACAUGGAGGACGGGGCCGCGGAGGGGAUGGACGAGGGCGACGGCACGGCGGACGAGCUGGCCGCCAUGCGCCGCAAGCUGGCUGAGAUGGAGGAGGAGGCGGCGCGGCUCAAGGAGCAGCAGGCCAAAGGUGUCUUGGAUGUGGGGGCAGCCGCGGGCGCGGCAGCAGGCGGUGCCACGGACCCGGAGCUGGCGGCCAAGCAGGAGGCGGAUUCGAGGAGCGUCUACGUGGGCAAUGUGGACUAUGGGACCACCCCCGAGGAGCUGCAGCUGCACUUCCAAGGCUGCGGGACUGUCAACCGGGUCACCAUCCUCACAGACCCCUACGGCAACCCCAAGGGCUUCGCCUACAUUGAAUUUCUGGAGGCGGACGCGGUGGACAAUGCGCUGACCAUGGACGCGUCAGAAAUCAGGGGCCGCGCCAUCAAGGUGCUUCGGAAGCGCACCAACGUGCCGGGCCUGAAGGCGCGUGGCCGCGGCCGGGGCAGGGGCCGCGGGGGUUACGGCGGCUACGGCGGCGACGGCGGCUACGGCGGUUACGGCGGCGGUUACGGAGGCGGCUAUUACGGCGGCCGCGGCGGCGGCUAUGUGCCCCGGGGGCGUGGCGGUUACCGCGGGCGCGGGCGCGGCCGCGGGUACUCACCAUACUGA